CGCCCGCAUCUCUGUGCGCGUCCGGAAUGUGGGUGUUGUGUGUAAACACGGACGUUCCAUCCAAUACGACAGCCUCCUUUCUGACGCUCCAGCAAAAAAAGCCGGAAUAUCCGCAAAGACGGAAGUGAGCGCUCCAGGUUUCCAGUCGAGGCUGCGAACGCUGCGCGUGGAUGUCCGUUUGUGAAUGUUUAUUCACGUGUGUCAUUUACGCCUAUGAGUGGCUCCCGACGGUAGGUCAGAGCUGUCGUUUGGCCCCGAGACCAGCGUCCCCCGGCGCUAUGGCAGCGGCAGCACGCGGGGCGGAGGACCGCGGCCGGAGCGGCGGCGCGCGGGGAGCGCACACAGGUGAUGGGGAACCUGCGGAGGCCGAGGAGUUCACGUGCGCGGCCUACUGCUCGGAGCUGUCCCGGCGGCAGAACGAGCAGAGGAAGGACGGGCUGUUCUGCGACCUGACGCUCGUCUUCAGCGGCGGCGCCGCGGACCGGGUCCAGACCGUGCGCGCCCACCGCUCGGUUCUGUCCGCGGCGUCGCACUACUUCACGCUGCUGCUGGGCGGACAGUUCGCCGAGUCCCGGUCGGGGCGCGUGGAGCUGAAGGAGUGGAGCUCGGAGAGCGGACCCGACCCGGAGACGGUGGAGAGCGUCAUCCAGUUCAUGUACACGGGGGAGAUCCGGGUCACCGCCGCCUCCGUGCACGAAGUGCUGGAACUUGCAGACAGGUUCCUGUUGGUGCAGCUGAAGAGCUUCUGCGGGGACUUCCUGAUCAAGAAGCUGAGCCUGUCCAACUGCGUGGCCGUGCACAGCCUCGCCCACAUGUACACGCUGGACCGUCUGGCCGCCGAGGCCGCCGUCACGAUCCGCAGGAACUUCCACCGGGUCGUCCACCACGACGAGUUCCACGCGCUGCCGUUCCACCUGGUGCGGCACUGGCUCGCCGACCCGGAGGUCACGGUGGCCCGCGAGCGGGAGCUGUUCGAGGCGGUGGUGCGGUGGGUGCGGCACGACGCCGGGGAGCGCGAGCGGCGCUUCGAGGAGCUGUUCGCGCUGCUGAGGCUGCAGCAGGUGGCGCCGUCCUACCUGACGACGGCCAUGAGGAAGGAGCCGCUCGUGGCCAACAGCGCCGCCUGUCGCCGGCUGCUGUCCGAGGCGCUCGAGGCCCACGCCGUUCGCGGCGACGGCCCCAAGGCGGCGGAUGCCGAGCUCUGCGGGCCGCGUUUAGGCCAGACUAUGGACGUCAUCAUGGUGGUGGGGGGGGUGUCAGAGGGAGGGGAGUACCUGAGCGAGUGCGUGGGCUACUUCGUGGCCGAGGACCGCUGGGUCAACCUGCCGCACGUCCACAACCACCUGGACGGACACGCCAUCGCCGUCACCGACAGCCACGUGUACGUGGCCGGGUCCAUGGAGCCCAGCUUCGCCAAGAUGGUGGAGCGCUACGACCCCGGCACCAACGCCUGGGAGCAGGUCAGCAGCCUGACCACCCGCAAGCACUCGUUCGGCCUCGCGUGCGUCAAGGACGUGCUCUACGCCAUCGGCGGCCACGGCAACUUCAGCCCCGGCUUCAAGGACGUCACCGUCUACGACCCGGAGCUCGACGAGUGGCACAACCUGGACCCCGCCCCCAAGAUACUGCGCGACGUCAAGACGGUGAGCGUGGACGACCGCUACGUGUACGUGACGGCCCGGACCCCCGUGGACGCCGACGGCGAGGACGGACUCAGCACCGUCACCGCUUCCUUCGACACGCUGAGCUGCAAGUGGCAGGAAGUGGAGUCGCCGCCGCUCAUCGACACCUACUGCCGCUUCCAGGCGGCCGUCGCCGCCACCAGCUUCUACCACACGGCGUCCUGUUGCCCCAAGAGCUACCGGGCGCCGGUGGAGGCGGCCCAGCAGAAGACGAGCGGCCGCGGCGGCCCCGACGACCUCCUGGCCGGCCUCCCGCCGGAGGUGCUCGCCAUGGAGGGCUCGGCGCUCUGCCACCUGGGCGAGGACGUGUUCGUCGUCGGCGGCUGGCGGAGCGGCGGCGGCGGCAGCGGCGGCGCGGAGAAGCAGUACCGCCGCGAGGCGUACCGCUACCGCGCCGACAGGGGGCGCUGGACGCUGCUGCCGCCGCUGCCGCGGCCGCGCUGCCGGGCGGCCGCCUGCCACGUGCGCAUCCCCUACCGCUUCCUGCGGGGCCGCCAGCGCCACCCCGUGCCCCAGAACCUGGCGCGCCAGCGGGACCGCAUGCAGCAGAUGCAGCAGCUCAACUGGCGCGCGCUGACGCUGCGGCGGCAGCUGCACUCGCAGGUCGAAUGCUGAGGCCGGGAGGUUGUCAUGAAGUGAGCUUGCUGCCGAAAGGUCCCUAAACAGGGCUAACAUUUCCCUGUGGCGUAAGUUAGACGUGAAAAUCAAACCAUGCAUUGAUUGUGAAGGAGCCUCUAAUCUCUGAUCGCUGUAAUCGCUGCCUUUAAAUUAUUUCUACCUCCAACUUUGCUUUACCUUCUUUGCACUGUGACGACUGAAAACGUGGCUGGAGUUUGUGCUGCAUGGAUUCAGCAAAGCUACUGUGUUAAAAAUCAAACCCUGCUUAAUACGUGUUGCACUUAAAUACUGUACUAAGUAUUAGUACAAUGCUUUUUGCCUUUUAAAGGAUGUGAAUUCAUCUUUGCAGUUAAUUUCUAGUUUCUAUUUCAGCUGGUUAUGACCAUAAAGUGACUCUAUCGCAGCAUUAAUUCCUUUCAACCUGUCUUUAAACAUUCCCUGGUGUUACAUGAAGCACAUUCAUGGCUGCGUUUCUCACUGUGCCAUUUUUUUACCUCCCUGUUAUUAAACCACCUGAAAUGUU